CCUGGACCCUAGGCUCCGCCCCCUGAAGAGACCUUCUCCACUUUAUACGACCGGACUCUUAAAGUACUAAGUAACGUUAAGACUAUAGAAUACACUAAGUUAUUAAUAAGAAGCAGAUUCUAGAAUACACUAAGUUAAUACUAAGAAGACCUAAAGUUACCCUAGAGGAGCGGGAGAAUCGGAGAAGAACCUCUCGGGUCGGACUUGUUGCGCAGCUGAAGUGGUCGGACGUGUUCGUACUGGAACUUGGAGGAGAUGGGCAGAAGAACAUAGACAGAAGCUCCGUGUCCGAGAUGGAGGGCGAGAAGGAGAGGGAACACGGGGAGGAGGAGAAGGAGAGCGACGAGGCUGAAGACGAGGACCCAGAAGGAGCGGCUCUGGCCUGGCAGGAGGGGUCCGGGGAGCACCUGGGCUGGCAGGAGGGGUCCGGGGAGCACCUGGGCUGGCAGGAGGGGUCCGGGGAGCAGGAGGACCACCUGGGCUGGCAGGAGGGGUCCGGGGAGCAGGAGGACCACCUGGGCUGGCAGGAGGGGUCCGGGGAGCAGGAGGACCACCUGGGACUUCCCAUCAUGCACUGGGAGGCCCUCAGCCUGCGGAUCGCAGAGCUGGAGAAACAAGACCUUGCAAAACCCAAGAAGACAAAGGACGGGGUCUGUCCUCUAGAGCGGCGGGGGCUGCCGCGGUGCUGGACGGACGAGGGGCGGAGCCUGCGGAGUGCGGAGGUGUGGGAGGACCGGGAGGAGGAGGGGCACCUGACGGAGCUCACCUCCCGUCUGCAGACACGAGUCAACCUCCAACUGUGCUUCAUCAACGACAGCGAGAGUGAUGAAGAGGCUGAGAGAGAAGAAAAGAGCAAAAAGAGGGCGUUGGUGCAGGUGCCCCGCCAGACCCCCGCGGCCUCCACCGCCCAGGAGAAGAGCCACCCCCUCAGCGGCCUCCGGAGGGCCCUAAGGGCGCUAAGGGCCCGGCUGAGGACAGACCUCACACGCCAGGCAGCGGCCCCUAGAAGUCCCCUGGUGAGGACGACCCUGGACCAACGGGCCCUCCAGGGCUCCGACCCCAAGCAGCUGGGGGUCCUGAGAGCCUCCCUCAGCCAGGCCAUACAAGAUCUGAACUCGGAGCUGGUGGGUCUCCUCCAGACCAGAGACCAACUGAGGACCGAGCAAGAUGCCAUGCUGGUCGAGGUCCAGGACCUCACCUCUCUAUGACCUCACCUUUCUAUGACCUCGUCUCUCUAUGACCUCACCUCUCUAUGACCACACCCCUAUGACCUCACCUCUCUAUGACCUCACCCCUAUGACCUCACCCCUAUGACCUCAUCCCUAUGACCUCACCUCUCUAUGACCUCACCUCUCUAUGACCUCACCCCUCUAUGACCUCCCUUCUCUGUGUCUCACUUCUCUAUGACUCUCUGACAUCAAUUCUCUAUGACCUCACUUCUGUAUGACCUUUCUUCUCUAUGACCUUACUCCUCUAUGACGUUCUUUGACAUCACUUCUUUAUGACCUCGCUUCUCUCAGGCCUCACCUCUCUAUGAUCUCAGUUCUCCAUGACCCUCUUGGAUGACCUCAUAUGCUAUUAGUAGCACGCUUCGUCAGCUCCUUGGAUGGACCAAUAAAGACUCAGAUAGGAUCUUCAGCUCCUUGGAUUGACCAAUAAAGACUCAGAUAGGAUCUUCAGCUCCUUGGAUUGACCAAUGAAGACUCGCAUAGGAUCUUCCGCUCCUUGGAUUGACCUAUGAAGACCCAGAUAUUAUCUUCAGCUCCUUGGAUUGACCAAUGAACACUGCCAAAGCUGUCAUCGGUGUCUUGCUAUUUUUGCAUGUUUUCUUUUUAAGAAUGUGUGGAACUGUUUAACCCUUGUGUUAAGCUCCUUGAUCAUAUAUUUGUUGCAUUUUUUUAUUCCUAAAAAGCAUUAAGAUCUCCAUUUCAAGCUGCCUAUUAAGGAUGUGUAUUUUUAACAUUUAAAAUGCUUUUUAAGACUGACCGGUUCAAAUAAUUAGUUUUUUCUAAAAAAACACACUUACCAAAAAAGUAUACAGUUUUCAAACGAAUGGAUCACCCGCCGCUAAUGUAACGUAUAUCUUUGUAAAAUCUGACUUAAUUUUUCCUGUGAAAAUAUUACAUUUAGAUUUUCCUCCCAGCUGUAAGAUGAUUUGAUGCUAGUGGUUCAUCAUUGGAUGCUAUUACAGGGCGAGGGAGUUACCCCACAUGUUGGUGGAUGAACUAACCUUACCAAAGGAAACAACGUAAGCCAACAAUUCUAUUCAUGGGUCGCUCUAGUAUGCAAUAGGUGAAGAGUGGGAGAAUGUUACUGAUACUUCUGUCGAUCCAUCAUGCUCGACACAACGGUAAAGAAAUAAUAAAGUAUGGAAUCCAACUUGCUCUAUCUUUAGAUUAUUAUUAAUGAAUUACCACUAGUUGUAGUUUAUUUCCUAGCUAAUACUAAAACCUCUUCUAGUUUUACAUUAUUACCAGGUGACGAUGAGGUAAGGUAAGGGGUCCUCAGAACAGCCGGAAGUCACGGCGUUCUUCCAACAGUUGUUGCCAUAACGACGUCGCCUAGAGACGUUGUUAGGUAACCCGGACGACGCGCUGUCGUAAGGACCGUUCACUAAAACCAGAGGUUAAAGUUAAAUACGCUGUCAAAGUAACGUCAUUAAUUACUAACAUAAUUUGUAUAGGCAACGUCAUUCUAGGCGUUAUAUUGUAGCCCGUUGAACAGAUGCCUCCUAAGAGAGGUCGCAGCGGCCAGACGAUGGCGGCGGCGGCGACGAACCCAGGCUGGGAGGACGGGUUGAGGACUGCGCCGUUUGAGGAGGGUUCAUGGAGGGCCUGUGUGUCCCUGGUGGUUGGGGGAGCCCCAGCAGAAGAGGAGCUGAUGGGGGCUCUACAGCUGGCCGUGCAGCAGCCCCAACGCAGGCUCUUCACCCUGUUGAGUCGGGCGGCUGUCGAGUCCACGAUCCAUGACCUGGGAAACCCCAAAGCCAAGAGGCCCAAAGACCUCCCCAUGUUCUACGAGGUGACGGAGACAGCCAAGCUGCUGCUGGAUGCAGAUGAGGACGUUCCCUGUGAGCUGAUGGCC